AUGGUGACGGGGAAGUCAAAUGACCCCAGCGGAGGGGCUGGGGCGGAGGAGGGUCGUCUGCAGGCCAGACGCAACAGCAACAACGCGGGCAACGGCAACGUUCACCGCUACUGCGGCGCGGAGAAGGCACCCCCGAGCGGCAUCAUGAAGAAGCAGAGCAAAGGCCAAGCCAAGACAGUCCAGCUGGCCACCAGUCCAGGGGCAACCCCCCACGACAUAGAAGCAAAAAAAGUGGCCGCAGAAACUGCAUACGAAAGGGAGGAAGAAGACAUUUACAAAAGCGUGUAUGAAGUGACCUCCAAUGCGGAGCCCAACUUUUUUAACUGCGACACUGUUCCGUGGGUAUCUUCCUUUUUUUCUCUCAAGGAGGAAGAUUUCACCAUUUUUGGAAACACACUGAAGAAGAGAAAUAUCUUUAAGCGAUGCUUCCAACGUAUCCACAAGAAUAGGAGGAGGAGGUGCAUGUCCUUUAACCCUUAUAGAGUACCACUGAAAUGCUAA